GUUUGGCGGUAAUGGCGGUACCAUCGAGUGCUGCAAGCGGGUUGGAAUUUUGGAAAUCGCAUCACUGCUGCAAGCGGGUUGAAAAUCGUAUCAUUGAUUAACAUUGAAAAAUGUCAGUCAAAUUAAAUACAACUAGCUCGCCAUCAGUUGAAUUAAGCUCCUAUCGUGAUCAACAUUUUAAGGGUACAAGGGCUGAGCAAGACAGACUUUUAAGGAAUUCCUGUACUUUAUAUGUUGGUAACCUAUCUUUUUAUACUACUGAAGAACAGAUAUAUGAAUUGUUUUCCAAAUGUGGUGACAUUAGGCGUAUCAUUAUGGGUCUCGAUAAAUAUAAGAAGACACCAUGUGGCUUCUGCUUUGUCGAAUAUUAUCAAAGAUCUGAUGCCGAGAAUUGUAUGAGAUACAUAAAUGGUACUCGUUUAGACGACAGGAUUAUUAGAACUGAUUGGGAUGCUGGCUUUAUUGAAGGCAGACAAUAUGGUCGUGGCAAAACUGGAGGACAAGUGAGAGAUGAAUAUCGAUCAGACUUUGAUAGUGGACGAGGUGGUUAUGGUAAAAUAAUUCAACAGAAAGUAACAUCUCUUUCUGACGGUGGAUUUGGACGGUGAAAUUCUUAAUAAAUAAGUAAAUGAGAUAUUGUAUGAAUGACCAUACAUAUAUAUGUGUUCAACUUAUAUUUCAUCGAUUAUUUGUACAUG